GUCAUAUCCAAACUGCAUGGUGACGCCGAUGAUCUUGUUCGGCGACUUCACCGCAGAGGAGACCCAGGAAGUCCUGGCGAUAUCGCACGUGAACUUGCCACAGAAGCCCAAGCCGUUCUCGUGGAGCAACCUGAGCAAACCCACAGUCGCAGCAGCAUCCCAUCCAUCCCCAUUUACACCAGCAACUCCCGUCGGAACCAUAGAAGCCAAGCCGGCGAUUUCUCUGGAGGUGGCCUUCGAGCAAGUUCUGACGGAGCUGGACCUCCACGAAAGCGCCAAGGACCUUCAACGUCGGGGAUUCGUCAACCAAGGCAACACAUGCUUCCAGAACGUCACGUUCCAGGCCCUACUAGCGUGUCCGCCCUUUCGAAAUCUGCUAUGUCAUCUCUCGUCCAAGGUCGGCGACAUCUCGUCCGUGUCAUCUCAUCAAGCGUCACUGGUCGGAUGGAAGCAUCUGGUGACCCUCGUUCGGGAGCUGGACGAACCCACAUUAGCCCAGCAAAGGACGAUCAUGCGACGGACGUCGGCAGCGCCGGUGAUCUUGUCCCCGUACUUUCUGCGGCUAUUCCAAUCGGCCAAUGGCAUGCAGCACGAUGCGCUCGAGUUCCUCGAAUUCCUCCUGGAGCAUUUACAUGUGGACUAUGAAGCCAGCCAUAGUACGUUUCCGUUGACAAGUCCUUCGCCCUGCGAUACAGUGAGCCCGUUGGACGGAUGGAGUGAGAUCCAGAAACACGGAAAGGCGGCCGCCGUGCACCACAACAUUGUCGACACUCACUCGCCCAUCACGUACCUCUUCAAGGGCACGCUACGGUCCGAGCUGAUCCGGGCCGGACGAAAGGUCGGCGCGGCGACGAUCGAGCCGUUCCAUUGCUUGCAUCUGACAACCCCGUCCACCGAUUCCGCCACGUUGUCGCAGAUGAUCCGUGCCACGAUGGAAGACGAGGCGCUGGAUCAGUCCACGUUGAAACGAACGGCGUUCGAAACGCUGCCCGUCGUGCUCAGUUUGCACGUCAAGCGCUUCACGUACGACCCGGUCCAAGGCCCGCUCAAGCUCAACACGAUUGUGCAGUACCCGACCGACCUGGAGCUGCCACCGUCGCUGUUUUCGCCCACGUUGCUCCACCAUACAAAAAAGGCCGCCAAGUACAAGUUGUUCUCGGUGAUCUCGCACCACGGCCUGCAUGCUGUGGGCGGCCACUACACAGCCGUGUGUUGUGAUGCCAAGGACCAGUGGUCGCUUUAUGAUGACGACACGGUGCAGUACAUCACCAAACAAGCUGCGUUGGCCGAGCACGCGUACCUGCUCUUUUACCUUCGCGUGUAAUGUAUGUACAAUAUAGACCCACAUACAGUA